GCAACAUGGCGGGGCGCGUGUUUGGUGGGAGACGCUGAGAAGGAGCACGAACCCCGAGAUCCUCCCCCCGCCACAGGGGACCGGGGACCUCGACUAGACGGGGGAUACGGGGAGACUACACAGGGGACACGGCGAGACUACACAGGGGACACGGGGGGACUAGACAGGGGACACGGGGAGACUAGACAGGGUACACGGGGAGACUAGACGGUGGACACGGGGACCUCGACUACACAGGAGACACGGGGGCCACAGGGGACGCGGGGGUACCUCGACUCCACACUCGACCGCCCCGACCAUGAACGCCGUGGCCACGUGAAACCCGCGGCCCCCCACCCCACCCCAGCCCAAUAAGCCGUGACGGUCGAGGCCGGAGCUCCGCGGGACAGCAGGCGCCAUGGCCUCGCAGCCUCCGCCGAAACCUUGGGAGAGGAGAGCGGUCCCGAACAGCGGCGUCAACCCCGCGUUCCGAGCCCCAGAGGCCCCGGGCGGAGAGGCGUGGGCUGGACAGGGUGGCCCGGGCAGGGCGGCUCCACCACCCCUGCCACCUCGCCCCACCCAGAGCUCGUCAGCUUUCACUUCCAUGGGGUCUGCCUACCGUCCGGGAUUUUCCUCGUACACCUCCCCGCACGCCGGCAGCCUCUACGGGGUCUCCAGUCCCUACUACAACAACGGCAUGGGGUACGGCCUUGGCUUUGGUGGCAGCCAGUAUGGCGGUUACGGCUACAGCCGAUUCCGCGAGCAGAAUACGAGCGGGCCGAGCCGCUUUGUGCGCACGGCGGAGGAGAGCAGCCGCACGGCGUUCCAGUCGGUGGAGAGCAUCGUGCACGCGUUCAGCUCCGUCUCCAUGAUGCUCGACGCCACCUUCUCGGCCGUGUACAACAGCUUCCGCGCCGUGCUCGACGUCGCAGACCACUUCAGCCGCCUGCGGAUGCAGUUCACAAACGCCCUGUCGGCCUUUGCCCUCGUGCGCACUAUCCGGUUUCUUUACGGGCGUCUCCUGGCGCUAUUGGGGCUUAGGAGCAAGAGUGAAGUUGACGCUGCUUGGGUGGAGAGCUGUGCUGCUGGAGCCUCGAUAGAGGGUGCAAGUGUCUCCGGAGCUGGCCGAGCUGGCCCCAAGUCCUGGCCCAUCCUUCUGUUUUUUGCUGUGGUACUCGGCGGGCCCUACCUCAUCUGGAAGCUUCUUAGUGCUGCUGCACAAGAACCUGAAACUGGGUGUGAGUGGGCAAGUGGUGAAGAUGACCACAUUGUGGCCCGGGCGGGGUACGACUUCACCGCAACGUCCGAUGAAGAGAUCUCCUUCCGUGCAGGAGAUGUACUCAUCCUGGCACCCAAGGAGCAGCAGCCGAGGGUGCGGGGCUGGCUGUUGGCGAGCCGCGAUGGGGUGGCCACCGGCCUGGCGCCUGCCAACUACGUGCAGGUGCUGGGCAAGAGGCGCGGGCGGCGGACAGCGGCGGGAAGCCCUCCCGUGGGUGCAGCAGCCGUGGGCCCCCCUACUCUGGGAGUGCCGCAAGCAGGACCGAGCACUCCAGCCGACACGCAGCAAGCCACCGGCUCCAGUGCCACCACGCCCCAGCAACAACAGCACAUGCUGGGGGACAUGGAAGAGCUGUUCAGUGCCGUCCAGGCAGACGUCGGCGCAACAGCACUUGACAAUCAAACGCAGGCAACAAUUGUUGCUGUUCCAGAUGUCGAGCCCGAGUGCCAAGAUGCGUGAGCUCCUGGUCGUCGUGCACGGGUGACGAGGAGCUGCUGCCAUGAGAUUCGAUUGAGGCAGGAGGCUGCGGCUGUGUUGCUGACUCGGGUUAUCUUGCGGUGCCUCUCGCGUGUGCUGCCUUAGCCUCGUGUGUAAUUCUUCCAAUCUCACCUCGGAGAUUGACGUAAUACAUUUUUUGGGAAAUUUACAUAUUUCAUCGGUGAGAUGAGCAACUUGAUUUAGUGAGCUUGAUUGUUUUGGAAAUGCACUUUAAAGUGCUUACGAAAUGUAGUGAUAUAAUACACUGUAAAUAAUAAACACAUACGAAUCUGUAAAGUUGAAAUAAAAGAUGGUGAAAGUAA